UACUUGGAAAGCCCGGAACUUCGCCUACGCAGCGAACACAUACAGUAUAGUGCCGGACUUUAGGAGGACAAACAUGGAUGAAUUUCCUUAUCCAGUGCUCGUGGAAGGAGGCUGGUCAUCUAUAAACGCUAAAACACUCCAAAGUAAAGUUCAGAUUUAUUUUCAGAGCAGAAAGAAGUCUCAUGGAGGAGACUGCGUUAUCAGGUGGUCCGAGCGGAGCUGUACGGUCUUCUUCAAAUCCGAAGAAAUCCGGGAUCAAGUUCUGGCUAAAGCUGAUCACACAGUAACCAUCGAGAAACAGGAGCUGAAGCUAAAGGUGUCCAAACCGUCCAGUGAUUCUGGGAGUCGGACAGACGAUAAAUCCCAAGCUUCAGCUAAAACAGGAAGCGAUGAGUCAGAGGGAGCUCAGCAAACAGUUGGUUUUGAUGAGAGUCAAAAAGUUCCUGAGGGUGUGGAAGACACUUCAUGGUCUAAUGCUGUGGUCCUGGAGAAUGUGCCAGAAAAUGUGAGUGAAGAGUUUCUUGUGCUGUUAGUGGCCAAUUUCACCAAUCAACCUGAAGAGGAAUGGUCCAUAGAGUUCAUAUCAGAAUCGAAUGCUGCUGUCGUGACCUUUAACGACCCCAGCGCCAUAGAGAAUUUUCUUACAGAAUGCAGGACUAAAAAAAAGUUCCAGGAGUAUGGUUAUAAGGCCCGGCGUCUAGAGAAAAGUCGAAGUGUUAAGGUGGAAAACCUGCCUGCUCGGUGCCAUGAGCAGUUACUAGAACUUUACUUUGAAAAGCAUGUAGGAGCCGUGGAAGGAAUCAAGGUGAUAGCCGAUGAGCAAGUUGCUAUCAUCACCUUUGAAGAUCACCAGGUUAUCCCAAAUGCCAUUGGAAAAAAACAUGCCAUUCACAACACUCCACUUAAUAUAUACCCAUAUUUCCCUUCUUUGGGUUCGGUCUUGUACGGCAAAGACAGACCAAAGUGGACCCUGCCAAAACCAUUUAUAUAUAAGACCCAUCCUGCCAUUAGAAAAUUCCUCCAGAUGAAGGGACUGAUCUCUUCCAUCUGUGAACAGAUGAGCUCACGAUUCUGCCAAGUGAAGAUUGACAAAGUUGAAGUCUUAUGCAGUCCUCUUCCUGCCCUGCUUAAACAAAAGGGUCUAACCAAAAAGCACAUAGCCAACUGGAAGAAAGACACCAUAGAUGCCUUCAAAAAAAUUCUGUCUAACUUCGACGUUUUUGAGCAUCCUGUUAACCAUUCGGUAUGGACUGCGGUAGAGAAAGACAUCCAGUCCGUUGUAAAAGAUAAAGCUGUCCUGGAGGUGGAUUACUCAACAGGAUGUCUGACUCUGGCAGGAAUGGCAAAAGAUAUUGACGUGUUGAAACCGAUAUUAGAGGUUCAUUUAAAGAAUGCAUUAAGUCAGAUAGAAAGGGAAAAGAUGAAGACCUCUGAUAGCAUUAUUAUGCUUCCUGCCAUAUUUUACUUAUUUCAGCAGGAUGGACUGCAAACGUACGCUUCAGCCAAAUAUCCACAGCUCGAGCUGACGUACAGAAAGGACAAAAAUCAGUUGCAGUUAGCUGGGCUUCAUAUGGAAAUUAUUGAAAUCAAGAAUUUCAUUUUGGAACGACGAUUUAAUAUGAAAGAGAAGACCCUGAAAUUGGAUUCUUCCUUGCUGAAGUUCUUAAGCUCAGUGGACUGUGAGCAAAUGUCAAGAGAUCUGUUUACAUCCAAGGAUAUUAAAGCAGUCUACAGAUUUGAAAAUGGGGAAACUGUUUUGACAGCAACUACAGACAAUUCACUCACUGAUGCUGAGAAGAGGCUUCAGAUGAUGCUGACGUUACAGAGACUUCCCAUAGAAGACCUGACUGUGCUUGAAAAGAAAGAAUGGCAAGAUCUCACAAAAGAGCUUAACGAGUCAUACAACUCAUCCAGGAAUAUAACAGUGCUUAUAAAGUCCUCAGAGGACAGGAACACAGUUGAGGUAUGUGGCUUUCAGGAACCAGUCAGAGAAGUCAGUAAGAGCCUGAAGGAAUUUGUUAAUAAACAUUCAAGGAUAGAAGAGUCCAUUCGUGUCAAAUGUUAUGCAGUAGUGAAAUUCAUCAAAGAGAAGAAGCCCCAAGUUUGGCAGAACUUUCUAAAGGGUGAUAAACUGAACAUACAAUUUGACUCAAAAAGGCCCCUGAUUCGAGUGUCUGGAGAGCGUCUUCACGUUCAGCCUGCGCUAAUGGCUUUUCAGAACAUCACAAAAAAUCUUCACACUGAUAAGCUUACGAUCAGAAAGGCCGGAGUCAAAAAGUAUUUCCAGGAACAGGGUUACAUGGUCUUCAUGAUGAUAAAGGACCACAGAUUUGUGGUUGUGCUUGAGGACGAUUCUAUGAGGGAAGAAUUUGAGGAGAGUUACCAUGAAGAGAGCUAUGGUGCAGGUAUGGUGAAAGAUCCUGGACAGCUUUUCUGUGAGGUUCGGACUCCUGGUGGGAUUGUCAUCAAAGUCCAGAAGGCUGAUAUCUGCAAAUUAAAUGUAGAUGCUGUAGUCAACGCUGCCAAUGAGGACUUGAAGCACAUCGGUGGUUUAGCAUUAGCACUUCUGAAUGCCGCAGGCCCGUCUUUACAACAAAGCAGUGAUCAAUAUGUCGCUAAACACGGGAAACUGGUAACUGGGAACGCUAUUACUACAGAAGCAGGCCACUUGCCAUGUAAAUAUGUAGUGCAUGCUGUCGGUCCCCGCUUUUACAGUACUGACAGAUUUACCGCUGUAAAGCAACUGAGACAGGCUGUGAGGGAAAGUCUGAACCAAGCUGUUUUAAAUAGGUGCUCCUCUAUUGCAGUCCCUGCCAUCAGCUCAGGGAUAUUUGGCUUUCCUCUUGAACUCUGCACUGAAACGAUUGCUAAGGAACUGUAUGCAUUCAUUGACCUCCAAAUCCGCCAAGGUGGCAUGAACUCACUGAAAGAGAUCCACUUGGUGGACAAUAAUCCGAAGACUGUUGGCGCCAUGACGCAGGCUGUUAAAAAGGAGUUUGCAGACUUUAACCCCAUAAUGACAUCUUCACAGCAAAUGGGCCAUGGCCAUGGUCACCAUGGUCAGAAGGCUCUAGGUGAUGGUAACCGAGGUCAGGGGUCUCGUGGACAAGAUGCUGGUAGACAUCACGGCAAUUGGGACAGUGGUAAUGGCUCACGAAUAUACAGGGCAAAAGAUUCUGAGGAGUUUGGGGCUCAAGGGCAGCCCUACUCAAAGCCACAAGGUAGAACCCAGUUUGAGGAUAUGAACAAGUCAGGCUCAGGGGUUCUUGAAGCUCAAUCUACAAAAGAAGGACUGAAAGUCAUUCUAAGGAAGGGGAAUAUCCAGGAUGCACGUUCUGAUAUAAUCGUCAAUACCAUCUCAGAAGACCUGGAUCUCAGUAAAGGUGCCGUCUCCAAAGCACUACUCGAUGCUGCUGGUUCUCAACUCCAGUCUGAAAUUAAUUCUCAUGUAAAAUCAUUUGGCAUUUCCAGUCUGAAUUAUGGAGACCUAGUGGACACUAAAAGCUAUAACUUAAAUUGUAAAAGGGUCUUCCAUACCGUUUGUCCAUUUUGGAAAGGAGGGAUUAACUCAGAAGUUGAGGUUCUCAAAGGUAUCAUUAAAACCUGCCUGAAAAAAGCGGAAGACCUGAAAAUGACUUCGAUUUCCUUUCCAGCCAUCGGCACAGGGAACCUCCGCUUUCCCAUAGAUCUGGUCGCCAGUCUUUUGCUAAGUGAGAUUCAUGCCUUCAGUGCCAGUGUUUCUCCUCAGUUCCUUACUGAGGUGACAGUGAUUGUGCAUCCGGCAGCGAGUGAGACGGUCCAGUGCUUUGUAAAGAGCUUCAGAGGUGAAUGGCAGGGUUCUGUCACGAAAACAGCACAUGCUGUUCAGCAAUCACGAGCUAAAGAAACACCUCCUGUUAGAUCACAACAGUCUGCUGCAAGUCAUAUUGGAACGGUUUCUACUCCUAGUCUUGGAGUGCACAAAAUGCAGAUAAAGCAUCUGAGUCUGGAGGUGUCAUCAGGUGACAUCACCAAAGAGAGAUGCGAUGCAAUCAUUAAUUCCUCCAAUGGGUCGUUCUCUCUGAAAUCAGGUGUUUCUAAGGCCAUUUUAGAUGCUGCUGGCUUAGCAGUGGAAAGGGAAUGUGCCCAGAUUGUGGCAUCACAAUCUCAGCAGGCAGAGAUGAUUAUGACUACAGCAGGACAGCUUCCAUGCAAAAACAUUGUUCACGUUGUAGGUCGAAACAGUCCUGCAGAAAUCAAGAAUGUUGUUUACAACGUAUUAAAGUUCUGCGAGGAAAAAAAAUUCUCAUCUGUUGCCUUUCCAGCACUCGGCACAGGUCAAGGUGGAGCCCAACCUUCUGCUGUUGCAGACGCCAUGAUCGAAGCCUUGAUUGACUUUGUGAAGAAGAAAAAAGGGACACAUUUGCAAAGUGUAAAGUUCUUGAUAUUCCAGACAUCCAUGGUGCCUGAUUUUCAUAAGACCAUGCUGAAGAAACAGAAGGAAUGUCAGGAGGAAGAGGGUGGUUUUAUAAGCUGGGUCAAAGGUACAGUAGACACUUUUGCCAGCUACUUCAAAAGCCCCAAUUCAGAAGCUUCUGCAAAUGAAGAAUUCGUGUUGGUGGGCGAGGAGUUUGAGCCUGUCGUGUUUCAGCUGUGUGGGGAGAGUCAGGAGGACCUGAAUGAGGCGAAAAACCUGAUCACCAGCUUCAUUGUGAAGGAGCACAUGAGCUCAAAUAUCCAGGAUUCGGCUAUCAGCAACUUCAGCCAGGAGGAGGCUGAUGUGCUGAGUAACCUGCAGAGGGAGCUGACGGUCAGCAUCCAGCUCUCAAAGAGCGGCCCUGAGCCAGUGCUCACAGUAGAGGGCCUGACGCGAGACGUGGUGAAGGCCGAGUGCCAAAUACGGGACCUGAUUCGUAAAGUGGAGAAGAACAUGACACGUCAACGUGACGCUUUCUUACUUAUGAGCCAAGUGGAGUGGCGAUAUCAGGACAGUGGGAAAUUUGUGCCUUGUGAUAUUCUGACUAACUACGACCUGGAGCAGGCACUUCUGUUUAAAAAACCUCGUUUAACGAUCAAAAUCAAUAACCAUCCUUAUGAAGCCGACUUAAUCACUGCGAGAGCUAAGGGGAAGCACGGAGAGAUUGAAUUGGUCAGGAUUGAUUUAAAACAGCAAACUUCUGUCUCUCUGCCUAGUCAUUGGGAGGACAUGAAGGGAAAUUUAGUUUUGAGGGUCGAAAUCCAACAAGGCAGUCAGGAGUAUGCAGACGUGGAGACGUCGUUUAGGAGAACAGGACUGACCUCAAUCAUCCUGAAAAUUGAAAGAGUUCAGAAUGAGACUCUGUGGAAGAACUACAUGAACCAGAAGGAGCUCCUGGAAAAGAAGAACAAGCACACAAACAACGAAAAGCUGCUUUUCCACGGCACUGCCUCAGAUAAUAUUGAUAAGAUCAACGAUCGGGGUUUCAAUCGCAGCUAUGCUGGGAUGAACGGGGCCAUGUACGGGAACGGUGUGUAUUUUGCUGUUGACCCGAGUUACUCUGCCCGAGGCUACGCCCGCCCUGACCUGAAAGGUCACAAACGCAUGUAUCUGGCUCGUGUUUUAGUUGGUGACUUCACCACAGGGAAAGCUGGACUCCUCACACCUCCUGCCAAGAACUCCACCAGCACGGACCAGUACGACAGCGUCACUGAUCCAAGUCAAUCAAUGUUCGUGAUCUUCCACGAUGUUAAUGCUUAUCCUGAAUACCUAAUCACUUUCCAGUAAGGGCUGUGUUUACACUGAUGCUAUCUGAAUUCUAUAUGACCUGCUUUUAACACUGUGGGGUUCAAUUAUUCGCAAAAUAUGUACAAUAGAUAAAAUGUAGAGUUUUGAAAAUGAAGAUAAGAGUGUAUGAAUGCUUAAAUAUGAUACAACGUGAUCAAAUGUUUAGAGUUUUUUUCAUUUGGAUUCAUUAUAUAAUAAAGAACGUCUGAUGCUUUCGUUGUCAUUUUGCUGCUUAGUUUGCAUUUUGGAAUUGAAUGUUUAUGAUAUAAUCGGUGGAUCAGUGAGGAAACAGACAAAGCCAUACAGUAAAAUGUUGAGCUUAUGUUACUGUGCACAUUGAUGGUGUAGGAAACUGUACAUUGUAAACAAAUGCUGUGACUGUUUGAGGUCUGUCUGUUGCACAGAGUACAUGUUGGCACCUAUGUUCUCUAUUUAAGACCAUCGAGAGCCAAAUAAACAUUUACUACACAAUCA